ACCUGGGAUGACGAAUUAGCGGAGAUUGCACAAAGAUGGGCUAUUCAAUGCAAAUUUGGUCAUGACAAAUGCAGAAAUGUGGAUAGUAGAUGGAGUUGGAUCGGUCAGAAUGGAGCCAAAGCAUAUGGCAAAAUCACAUAUCCUAUGGAUGAUUUGGUUCAAAUGUGGUACGAUGAAGUGAAAGACUUUGACAGAAAUAAAGUUGAAAAAUAUGAAUUUGAUUACAAUAUAGGCCAUUAUUCCCAAGUGGUCUGGGCUAAAACAACAAAAGUCGGUUGCGGACUCAUAAAGUACAAGGAAUCAAAUGACUGGAUUUCGAUAUGGCUAGUUUGCAAUUACGGUCCAAGUGGAAAUUACAGGGAUGAGAAAGUAUAUGAAAUUAAAAAAUAAAUCCAAUUGAUAGAUUAAAGAUAUAAUGGAAGAUUAAAGAUGUAAGAAGUAGUGACACAAAAAAACAAAUAAAAAGCUGUAAUAUGCUUUAUCGAUAAAAAUGGACAGUUAUAAAAGAUAGUUGGCCAGAAUGAUAUUAAUAUGGAGGAAAAUAAUUCUUCUUUCUCUUUUUCUUUCUCUUUUUAAUAUUGUUUAAUAUAAAAUUCUCUUCAAAUUUUGUUGUAUUAAAAAUGGCUUUCCAAUAUUAAACAAAAAAUGUCAAUAUACUAAUGUCACUUUUCUGUUCUAAUUAUAUAUGUAUGGUAUUGUAUCUAGAAAUAAAGAUGAGCAAUGAAAUAAAUAAUAUGAAUUUACUUUA